AUGUUUUCAAGAUUGAUUCAAGAAAAUAUUCAGGGGACAAACAGCGAUGGUUAUGGCCAAAUGGGUGGUGGAGACCCAUGUUUGGUCCUCACCUCCGACCAAAAACCCCGACUCCGGUGGACUGCCGACCUUCAUGAACGCUUUGUUGACGCUGUUGCUCAACUUGGUGGCGCAACCAAAGCUACCCCAAAGGCUUUACUGCGGACAAUGGGUGUUAAGGGACUGACUCUAUUUCAUUUGAAGAGUCAUCUCCAGAAAUACAGAAUGGGUAAGCAACAGGGCAAAGAUCUUGGCGAGGCUUCAAAAGAUUGUCUUUCCGCUUCAUACCUUCUGGAUACCCCUCGUUCAAGCAGUCCUCAAAACUUGCCAGAUUCUGACAUGACGGAGGGUUAUGAAGUCAAGGAGGCAUUAAGAGCACAUAUGGAAGUUCAAAGCAAACUGCACUUGCAAGUUGAAGCUGAAAAACAUUUGCAAAUUCGUCAAGAUGCUGAGAGAAGGUAUAUGGCUAUGCUGGAGCAAGCCUGCAAGAUGCUGGUCGAUCAAAUUAUUGGAUCUGCAGUGGUAAAUGACAAUGGAGAGGGUUAUCAAGAGAAAGGAACCGAGUCAAUCCCUGGCGCUUCCCGUAAUCUACUUAGAUUGUGCAAAUCAUCAUCUACCAAUGAAUUGGGAAUCCAAUGCCCUGAACUAGUGUCUCCCGAAGUUCGUACUCAACAGGCUGUUCGUUCAACUGAAAGCUGCCUUACCUCCUAUGAGAUUCCGGUAGGAUUGCCUCCAGAAGGAUCUUCACCAGAACGAAAGAGGCAAAUGCUGAACAUGGAUUUGCCAACUGCAUCUUUCAUAUCGGGUGAAUCAGAUUUCAGAAGUCCAGAUUUGCAUGUGGUACAAGUUAACUCGCGUGGAAAUAUUGGUGUAUAA